AUGGAUGCUGUCAGGGAUCAUGCUAUGGAAACAAAGACAAAUUUAUGGUUCUACAAAAAUGAUGCUAUUAGGGUUAUUGUGAAAUGUCAAACAAAAUGUCUAUAUCAUAUGUUGGUUGCUAAAAGGAGUGCAAGUAAGUACUGGCAAAUCACAAGUUUGACUAAGGAUCAUGAGUGUGUUAGAUCAGCUGGGAAUAAACAAGCUAAAACUAAGUGGCUAGCAAAGAAGUUCAUACCUUUGAUUAGGCACACCCCUCAAAUCAAAUCUAGUGGAUUGGUUGAUGAGGCAUUUCAGGGGUGGAAGGUUAAGCUCAAUCAUUUUCAAGCAUAUAGGGAAAAGAAUAGAGCAUUAGAGUUGAUAGAAGGUGCUAGUAGUGAGCAAUAUGCACACUUAAGGAGCUAUGCUGAAGAGUUGAGAAGACCAUUAAUUGGAUUAGAUGCUUGCUUUUUGAAAGGAGAACAUGGUGGUCAGCUAAUAGCAGCUGUAGGUAAGGAUGGAAACAACCAAAUGACACCUAUUGCCUAUGCUGUGAUGGAAUCUGAAACAAGAGAUUCUUGGAAGUGGUUUGUUGAACUAUUAUUGGAAGAUCUUAAUCAACUUAUCCCUAGACAACAUUCAUUUACUUUUGACCAUCAAAAGGGACUUGUGGAGGUAAUUAAAGGGCUAGGUGAUAAUGUGGAACAUAGGUUGUGUGUGAAGCAUCUCUAUGGUAAUUGGAAUAAAAGAUUCCCAGGAGCUGAUAUGAAGGAACUAUUAUGCUUACACUGA